AUGGAUCAUGAUCUCAGAUCAGUGCGAGGUCUCAUCCUUGAAAUCGGACCAGGGUAUCAUGCGACGAUGAUUCUACCAAAAACGAAGACAGCAGACCUCGAGAAGUUGAAAAAAUUUAUGAAUGUGAACCAUGAACUCUUACGAAGCCGCAUAGUCCAGCUCACGUCUGAAUUCCGAGUGGUGUUGCCUGAGAAAAAAGAUGAUGACGAUGUGGUCACAAUUCAAACUCUUAUGGAAGGCAACUCUGUAGGAGAGUCAUGGCAAAUGGCUAUCCAAGGUUCCUCGUCUCUCAUGAUGAAGAUUUGUCGACGCCUCCGCAAUGAAGAUGAGUCUGCGAGAAAUGCUAUCAUCUGUCAUGCCAGGGGUCAUCAGAGGUUAUGUAGUGCGAGAGUACCAAUUGUCGAGGAGGAGAAUUAUUAUCAGCCCUCAGAAGAUUCUAAUGGCGAGGACCAGUACCGCACAACCGAGAAGAAAAGAAAGAGGAUAUUUCAGAACGUAAAUAUUGUGGAUGGCGAGGCGCGAGGGCAACAAAUGAAGAAGAGAAAGUGUAAGAAGUGA